UGCUGCUCUAGCAGGACCAAAACUUGCUGGCUGGCAACACUACUGCGAAUUGUUGUUAAUAUCCAGUUAUGUCUUCUGGAUUUGUCAUUGACGAUGAACUAGAAAUUGAAUACUCUCCCAGUAAAUGGGUGACCAGAGAAAUUCCACAUGAGGAUGUUGUAUCCUUGUUUUUUAAGAGAGGGUUUGAUGUGCGAGAACGAUUAUUACAAAAAUAUGAUUGUGAGCUAAAUGUGGUGUAUGGCGGCGGCAAAAGUACCAAAUUGGACAUUUAUUUUCCUGAUAAUUGUGAUCGAAAAUGUUCAGACUUAUUGAUUUUUGUUCAUGGUGGUUAUUGGCAGGAAGGAAGCAAAGAAAUGUAUGCAUUUCUUGGAGAACAUUUUAACACACUUGGGUGUAUUUUGGUUAUGCUUGGAUAUGAUUUUGCUCCACAUGCAUCCAUGGAUGAAAUGGUGAAACAGAUUGAAAAUGGGUUUAUGUUUACAGCAAGCAUGUUUCCUUCUUCCAGGAUAUUUCUGACUGGUCAUUCAGCUGGGGCACAUUUGGUAUCAAUGUUGAUGACGGCAAACUUUAACAAUGGCAAUUCAUUAUUAGAAAGGAUUAAAGGUCUUUGUUUAGUAAGUGGAAUUUUUGAUUUGCAACCAAUUUUGUCAACUUCUGUGAACCUGGUCAUAGGAAUGGACAGGGAAACUGCUUUGAGAAAUAGUCCAAUUAAUAAGAUCAAACCAGGAAGUUUAAAAAUACGAUGCAAUGUUCUUGUUGUUGUUGGAGAACAAGACUCACCUUCGUUUCAAGAACAAUCGAAGGUUUUUCAUGAUUUAUUGAAAGAAGAGCUUCCUCACUAUGAUGUUAAAUAUUUGAAAAUUCCUGAUGUGGACCACUUUAGUAUUAUGGAAAAAUGUGCAGAAGAGGAUUUUCUGCUAAACAAGGCACUUCGAUCGUUAGUCAAGGGAGAAUUACUUAUAAUUUAAAGCAAAAGGUAUAAAUGGAAAAAAGUAUAUUUUCGAUACGAUUGGAGUCUUAUAGCUUAAA